AUGAAGUCGAAUACAGUACCCCAGAAACGAAAGAAGGUAGAGAGUGACGAUGAAGAUGAAAUUGUCAAAGAUGGCAGCCUUACGUCUGCUGCUGAGAAUUUCUUCGAGGCGCUGUCCGAGGCCGGGAUCACUCACUGCUUCGUCAACCUGGGGAGCGAUCAUCCGGCCAUGUUGGAAGCGAUGAUCAAGGCCAAGCAAGAAAACAAAACCAAUUUUCCGAACAUCAUUACCUGUCCUUCUGAGCUAGUGGCACUAUCAGCUGCACUGGGGUAUGCUCAAGCUACAGGAGUUCCACAAUGUGUAAUUGUGCAUGUGGACUGCGGAACUCUCGCUAUGGGACAGUCCAUACAUAACGCCUCCGUCAGCAGAGUUCCUGUCCUGUGCUUCGCUGGCUUGAGUCCUUUUACCCAGAAUGGCGAAAUGUUGGGUUCGAGAACAGAGUUCAUCCAUUGGCUGCAAGACGUACCCGAUCAAGCAGCAAUUGUCCGACAAUACUGCAGAUACACAGGUGAAAUAAAAACCGGACGCAAUAUCAAGCAGAUGGUCUCGCGAGCAUUGCAAUUUGCUACAUCUGACCCUAAAGGCCCGGCAUAUCUAAUGGCCGCGAGAGAGGUACUUGAGGAACGUGUGGGAAAGGAAUACGUAGACGGAGAAAUUCUCAGUUCAAUUGCUCCAAGUGCAUUGCCAGAGCAAGAUGUGGAAUUAAUUGCCAAGUCGCUCAUGAGCGCAAGGCGACCGCUUGUCAUCACAGGCUAUCUUGGUCGGAAUCGCAAAGCACCAGCCCUCUUGGCUGAGCUUUGUGACAAACUUCCAAUCACCGUCGUGGAGAUGGUCGGCUCUGACGUUUCGCUGCGAAGUGACCAUGAAGCAUAUCGCGGCGUUACCGUCACUACUCAUCCGGAAGUUCUUGAAGCCGAUGUUAUUCUUAUUCUCGAUUGUGAUGUCCCUUGGAUCCCUACUGCCGGAAAGCCUCGGAGCGGCACGAAAGUAUUCCAUCUAGAUGUCGAUCCGCUGAAGCAACAGAUGCCACUCUUUUCAAUCAACGCGACUCGUAAGCUCAAGGUUGGCUGUGGAAUUGCACUUGAGCAAAUCAAUGCUUUCCUGGAUAAACAGGACAUUAAUCGGGCUACGUAUACCGUGGAAUUUGAGGAGCGGUCAAAGAAUUACAAGACCUGGAGGGAAAGCUUAAAAGCACUUGAAUCACCGUUGGAAGAUGGUGUAGUCAGUGUGCCAUACCUGGCAUCAAGAUUGCGAGAUUCUCUCCCCGAAGACACUAUUUAUGUUUUGGAGGCUGUAACCAAUGCAGGACAUCUCAUUCACCAUUUGAGCUUGACCAAGCCCGGAAGUCUGAUUGCCAGCGGCGCAGGUGGUCUGGGAUGGGGAGGUGGUGCAGCACUAGGCGUCAAGCUAGGCAAGCCCGGUUCAUUCAUAUGUGCAAUCGUCGGUGACGGAGUUUACCUUUUCUCGCAAAUGGAAAGUGUUUAUUGGAUCGCCAGACGUUAUGAUAUCCCCUUCCUCCUCAUUGUGCUCAACAAUGGCGGAUGGAACGCACCAAAGGUGUCUGCACUUCUGGUGCACAAGGACGGAUUAUCGUCGAAGUCAAACAGACGAGAUCUCAAUAUCUCGUUUGAUCCUUCUCCUGAUUACCCUGGAAUCGCUGCUGCGGCCGGUAAAGCGUGGGGUGCGACAGUGACCACGCAAAGUGAGCUUGAUCCUGCUAUCAAAGAGGCGACGGAUGUUGUUCAGGGUGGGAGAUGUGCUGUGAUUGAGGUUUCUGUUCCGUCUAUGUGGAAGGAGAACUAG